AGACGCCAGCCUGGCCCCGCGUUGGGGGUGCGCAGUGGGAGGUGGCUCGGAUCCAGCCGGCCACGCCUGCGGACCCCUCCCACUCCCUGGCCUCCGGUCCUCCCACCGCGACGGGCCGGCCCGGGAGCGCAGCCCAGGCCCGGAGGGGGAAGCCGCGGGCUCACCGGUGCCAGUCGCCGCCGGCUCGCUCUCCGGUGCCGCGGCGGGUGGCACAGGCUGGCAGCCAAGGGCUGUGUUCUCGGGCCCCGGGGGUGGGCACCACCGGGCACCGCCCCUCGCUUGCCAGCCCCAGCCCCGCCCCCGAGAGCCUGCUAGGCUCGGGGCAGCAGCACCGCCAGGGCGCACGGUGGGGGCACACGAUUGCCUCUCACCAAGCUGUUACUAUGUCACCACCGAGCUGGACAUCGCAGUCCUCCUGCCCCAGCCGGGCUCGACCCCCACACCUGGCUCAGCGUUUCUGUUUACAGCAAGGCAUGCCACUCUGUCCCAUCCGGAUACUGUGCGCGCGCCUGCCCGUGUCCUGUGCACCCUGAACUUCCCUGUGCCCCGACCGGUGUGCUCGCGCGGGGGAAGGGGUGCAGUGCGCGGGGCUCGGGCUCCUCAGCCCGGCCCACCCUCCACACGCCCCGGGACAGUACCGUGGGAACCUCCGGCUGACGGACUCCUUAUCCUUUCCGCAGCCUCGCGGCGGCAGCCCAUGGAGCCGGGGCUGCUGCGGCCGGCGCCGGUGAGCGAGGUGCUGGUGCUCCAUUAUAACUACACGGGCAAGCUGCGCGGGGCGCGCUACCAGCCGGGCGCGGGGCUGCGCGCGGACGCCGCCGUGUGCCUGGCCGUGUGCGCGCUCAUCGUGCUGGAGAACCUGGCCGUGCUGCUGGUGCUGGCGCGCCACCCGCGCUUCCACGCGCCCAUGUUCCUGCUGCUUGGCAGCCUCACGCUCUCCGACCUGCUGGCCGGCGCCGCCUACGCCACCAACAUCCUGCUGUCCGGGCCGCUCACGCUGCGACUGUCGCCGGCGCUCUGGUUCGCGCGCGAGGGCGGCGUCUUCGUGGCGCUCGCCGCGUCCGUGCUGAGCCUCCUGGCCAUCGCGCUCGAGCGCCACCUCACCAUGGCGCGCCGGGGACCCGCGCCCGCGGCCAGUCGGGGGCGCACGCUGGCGCUGGCGGCCGCCGCCUGGGGGGCGUCACUGGUGCUGGGGCUGCUGCCCGCGCUGGGCUGGAACUGCCUGGGCCGCCUGGAGGCCUGCUCCACCGUGCUGCCGCUCUACGCCAAGGCCUACGUGCUCUUCUGCGUGCUGGUCUUCGUGGGCGCCCUGGGCGCCAUCUGCGCGCUCUACGCGCGCAUCUACUGCCGGGUGCGCGCCAACGCUCGGCGCCUGCGCGCGCGCCCCGGGACCGCCAAGACCCGCUCCGGCAGGGGGGGCGCCACCCGCAGGCGUCGCACCCCGCGCUCCCUGGCGCUGCUGCGCACGCUCAGCGUGGUGCUCCUGGCCUUCGUGGCCUGCUGGGGACCCCUGUUCCUCCUGCUCCUCUUCGACGUGGCGUGUCCCGCGCGGGCCUGCCCAGUGCUCCUGCAGGCCGACCCCUUCCUGGGCCUCGCCAUGGCCAACUCGCUGCUCAACCCCAUCAUCUACACCUUCACCAACCGCGACCUGCGCCACGCGCUCCUGCAGCUGCUCUGCUGUGGCCGCCGCCCCUGUGGCCCACGCCCUGCCGGCUUCCAGCCCUCGGGGAGCGCGGCGGGGACCUCCGGGGGCAGGCAACGCUGUCUGUCCCCCGGCCUGGACCUCAGCUCCAGCCGCUCUGAGCACUCCUCGCGCCAGGGUGAUGCCCCGGACACCAGUGGCUCCUCGGGCAGCCCCGGUGCGGCCACGGCUGCCGGGACCCUGGUGUCUGGCCCCGCUGCCGACUGACCCCCACUGCCCUUCCCAAGAGCUAUUCUGAAGACGUUUACUUUUUUAAAUAAAAAAUUUGUAGGAAAGAUAGGUGCAAAUGACAGAAAAAGAAAAGACACAGGGAAAUGUAAACCCCAGAACAGCAAAAAACAAACAAACAAAAAUGCCUGAGCCAGUCCUGCCGGUGCAUACCAAUAAUUCCAGCACUUGUGAGGCUGAGGCAGGAGGAGCACAAGUUUGAGGCCAGCAUGGGGUACAAAAAAAGCUGGAGGCCAGGAUGAGAACCACGUUGUGAGAUCCAGCCUCAAACAUCAAAAAUUGCUUGCCUUCAUGGAACUGACAUUCUAGAGGGACACAGACAAACUGCAGUGAUACAAUAAGUGACAACUCAGGCAGGAGACGGUACAGAGGAAGUGACAUGUGAUGUGGGCUGAGAUAAGUGGUGCUGGGAACACGUGAGCCAAAGCAUUUCAGGAUGAGGAUUCGGCAAGUGCAAAGGCCCUGGGGUAGGGAUAUCCUCGUGGGUCCCACAAAUGGAAGGUCUUGGCUACAACCGUGAGUUGGAGAAAGAAUGAGACCUGUCAAGGACAGAUGACAUGACAGGGUUGACAAAGGCAUAUUGCAUGGGAGUCAGAAGACAACGGGGACAGCACAAGCCCAGAGGAGUCAUGAUGAAGACCUCUGAUAUGCUCAGACCAUCGGGGUUCUAGAUGCUUUGGAGCCUGCAGAUGGAAAUGAAGAAUACUUUGUAAGCACGAACAAAAUGACUUCCUAAGAGGAUGCUAGGAGACUCAGGUCUUAACAACAAGCUUCUAUCUGUUUUAAUUUUUUGCAGUCCUGGAGAUGGGACCCAAGGGCUUCACACUGAGCUACAUCCCCCUCCCCCUUUAUUUCUUAUUUUGAGACGGAGUCUUGCUAAGUUACCCAGACUGGGCUCAAACACGAGAUCCUUCUGCCUCAGCCUCCCACAGUGCUGGGAUCUCAGGGACUGUGGGCUGGGGCCGUGCUCCAUGGUCGAUGCUUGCUUGUGCAGCAAAUAUGAGGCCUUGGGUUCCAAAUUCUUUGAGUGUGGUGUGGGAUCCUUUUUUUUUUUUUUUUUUUUUUUUUGGUACCAGGAAUUGAACUCAAAACCUCACACUUGCCAGGCAGGCACUGGUGCCACUGAGCUAAAUCCCCAGCCCUGAUCCUUUAUUUUAAAAAUAUAAAUAUAAUAAAAUAACUAGAGUUAUUACCA